AUGAAAAAAAAGUUGAAAAAUCAAAACUAUAAUUUCAAAUUCUUUCUGAUGUAUCCAUUUCUCAACAUUCCUCCUAAUUAUCCAAAUCAUGGCUAUCCUAUGUAUAGACAUUCUGACCCAUAUCAAAAUAAUUAUUCUUGUAAAAUCCCUGAAAGAAGUCAUUUAUAUGCAAAAAAUAUUAAACCACCUCAAAUUGCUUUGUCUAGUCAAACAAUUUACAGAUUUCGUUCAUUUACUCUUACACUUACUGUUUCUGAAGAUUGGAGAAUUAUUAAUCAUCUUCGUCCUGAAGAUGUAAUUAAAGCAGUUAUGUCUGCUACUUGUCAUAAAGAAAGUAUUAUUGAGAGUCAUUUAAAUGAUGAAGUAAAAAGUUGUAGAAUAUGCCAAUCAGAUAGAAGAAUAAUUGAAAUAGAUCAUUGUGAUCAAAAUCAAAUUGGUCCAGUAACUACACAAGAUGGUUUAGAGAAAUAUACAUUCAAUAAAUGUAAAUCUUAUUGCUCUUCUUCAAGAAGUCAUCACCAUAGUCGUCUUUGUCUUG